AUGAAACGUGGACCCGGGGCGAGUAAAAGUGACUCCGAAUCGAUCAUCAACUUUCUUCUCAAAGUCAUGCGCCUGUGCGUUUGUCUCUUAUCUGCGCUGAUUGUGUGCGAGAAUGGGAAAGCUACGGGACAGUUCACUCCGGCCGGACAGCCUGCGCAUAUCAAUGACGGGAACUUUUCAAACCGGGAUCACAUGAGACAAGAGCCUUUUCAGCAUCAACAACAAGUGCUGCGUGCCCUGUCAGAUUCUGCUUUUAACCUGAAAGUCCAGGUGAACAAUGUGCUGAGUCGUCAGUACCUGAGCCAGGCAGUGGUGGAGGUCUACAUCAACUACACUAGGACCAUCACAGCGCUUACUGCAGAGGACGGCAGUGUUCUGCUUCAUGUACCUUACCAAACUGGAAUGCCAAUCAGCAUUGUGGCCAGCAAGGAUGGCUACAUUUGCACACUGUUGCCUUGUAAAACCAACAGAAUGCCAAUAUUUUCGUCCGUGACCUUGUCACUACUUGGUCUGAAUCAGGGGAACAUUUGGCUCUUUGAUGACUCCGUACUGAUCACUGGCAAAACAUCUGAUGCUUCAUCUCAGCCCAUUGUCCAGUUUCCCAAGAGUCUUCUGAAUCUGACCGACAGCAGUAAUGUCACCUCUGUCAAAGCCUACCUGACCGUCCCUUCGCUGCCGUCAGAGGAGGGCAGCUUUCCGAACACUGUGGGCAUCAUGAGCAGUAAAUCAGGGUACUUCAGUGUGGAGUUGAGUCCGGUGGCAGCUGUCAGCGUGCAGCUUUAUUCAGGAGACACAGAAUUACAUGUGAGUGGGCCCAUACAGAUCCGCCUCAGCAUCCCUGAGAGCCAUGGACUACAGACUUCAAAUGUUGUUCCAGCAUGGUUCUUUAACCGCACCACUGGUGGAUGGAUGAGAAAAGGACUGGGGACAGUGGUGUCAGUGGAAGGAAAACUCAUGUGGACUUUUACAGCUCCUCACCUUGGUUACUGGAUUGCAGCACCUCUGUCAUCCACCAGAGGUUUCUUUGGUCUUGCGAUCUCCAUUGACUUCAUCUUACACCAUUCAUCUCUCCUGCUGGUUGUCCUCGGAGGACUGCUUGUUGUUGUCAUCUGUCUCCUGGUUGUAAUGCGUUUUUAUCGCAGAAGUUCACUCAGUGAAACUACAACAAAGAAGAUCCCACCAGUGAUGACAAAGGACCAAACCACCUCCACAAGUGACGACGACAUCUUUGAACUGUCUUCAGCAGAUUCCCCUCAUCGACAGGGUGGACUGAAGCAAACAUUUGCAGAACGGGGGGAUAAUCGACACAAUGCCUCUGUUAUUUCUAUGCACAAUGGCAAAGUAAUAGCCAACCCCAAUGCAGUGGCCAUUACAGUGGAGGGAAACGAACUGGAGCUCAACACUGACUUGAAUGAUCUGACAAGUUUCCACGAAACUACAGAUCAGAUCAGAGCUCCGGCCUCUCUGACGGAGAAUCUGUUUUUCUAUAACCAGCCUGUUGCCAUCCUUCACGCUCCAGCAUUCUUCCAUUUGGAGGAGCAGUCGGAGCAGCCGCAGUGGAGCAAGUCGGCCACUCUUCCUCGCACAGGGGCUGCCGCUGAGCCGCUGAGCAAGGACAGCUUCACCCAGACUCUGCCCAAAGAUCCCUCUGCCACCCAGAACCAGACGGCCGAAACUGAGGACCAGCUCGGGGAUCUGGAGAGCUCUGGGGCAGCAAGUCCCGCCAACACAUCCAGAGGCCACUUCAGCCUCCCUGAGUCAGUGUCGGUCCCAGGGACAUUGAAUAAAAUUAGAGGUAGCGGACUCUCAACUCAGCCUCCUCGGGCCUGGUUUGUAUCGCUUGAGGGCAAACCUGCUGCUGAGAUCCAUUACGCAGUGUCAGAGCAGCAGAGGAGGCGGAGGCCUGUCGAGAGUCGAGAAACCAGCUUGGACUCCGGAGUUGAUAUGAGUGAACUGAACCAGACGUCUGGAAGGAGAGCAGUAACGCUGGAGCGCAAUGCUACUUUUGUCAAAGGCACAUCUGGCACUAAACAUGAACCUCCACAGUGAAAUAUUUUAACGCCUCCAUGCCUGCAACCUGCUAACUUUGUGAAGAAAUUGUUUCUUGACACAUAACUUAUUUACCUUAUCGCUUCAUUGUUUUACAUAUUAACCCUUUGAAACCUGAGCAAAAUGGUGAUUUCUUCUUAAAACGUGGGGGAGAAAGGUUAUGAGCAUGCGUAACAACACAUG